GGUAAUCGACCCCAAUUCGAUCAUUCAUCUCCACCGCUGCAACUCCGUAGAGAGAAAUUGAGAUCAGACUCCGACGAAUUUCCGUGGCGGGAGAGAUUCAGAGCGUUAAGAAAUGGCGACAAAUAUUGGGAUGAUGGAUUCUGCUUACUUCGUAGGAAGAUCGGAGAUCCUCGCCUGGAUCAACUCUACUCUUCACCUUAAUCUUUCCAAAGUUGAGGAGGCAUGUUCUGGUGCGGUCCACUGCCAACUGAUGGAUGCGGCUCACCCAGGGAUGGUGCCGAUGCACAAGGUCAACUUCGACGCGAAGAGCGAGUACGAAAUGAUCCAGAAUUAUAAGGUCCUCCAAGAUGUCUUCAAUAAACGAAAGAUCACCAAGCAUAUCGAAGUGAGUAAGCUUGUGAAAGGAAGGCCUCUUGAUAAUUUGGAGUUCAUGCAGUGGAUGAAACGUUAUUGUGAUUCCGUCAAUGGAGGCGUUCUGCAGAGUUAUAAUGCUUUGGAAAGGAGAGAAGCUUCCAAGGGAGGAAAGGAGGCAAGCAAAAGAAGCACCACAUCGCAUUCUUCUGCAAAAGGUUCAACAGCUGUGUCCAAGCCUCAGAUCUCUCAGAAUGCUCGUAAAAAUGACACGUCGGUAAACUCUGGAAAUCAGGCAGUAAAUGUUUCAAAACCUCCAUCUAAUGGAUUAACUGCAUAUGAUGAACAGAUCACAACAUUGAAACUGUCGAUCGACAGCCUUGAGAAAGAGAGGGACUUCUAUUUUGCAAAAUUAAGGGAUAUUGAGCUACUCUGCCAGAGUCCAGAGAUUGAAAACUUGCCUGUUGUGGGAGCUAUAAGAAAGAUACUGUAUGCUGUAGAUGAUGAUGCAUCAGUGGUGGCAGAAGCUCAAGCUAUGGUGUCCGCUCACCAGAAGGAAAGAACAAAUAUUUUGAGUCCAAUUGCUGAAGUUUCCGACGAGAAACUAACUUUAGAAUCCCAGAAGAGAAAAAAUAUUAUCAAUCUUGAUGUUGAUGUUGCUGGCAUCACAACAUUGUCUCCCAGGCAAAGGGUAUCUGAUGCUUCUGAUGUUCACUGCAGUGGGUCACCCCUUAUGACCUAUUAAUGAGAGAGAACAGCAUUCUUUUGUAGUGUAACCAUACAAUUCAACUAGUAUGGUUGUUGAAUUUACGCGAGUUUGGCCACCGGGUUAUCUAGUAGUAGCUCUGAUCUAAUUCCAAGAUCUAGUUUUUUCAUCUAGUUGUUUUUUAUGUAGAAUUGCUGAAGACCCUGAAAAUGUAACAAACCCUUUUAAAUAUAAUAUACUCGGGACUAUUUUUCUCGUAAAA